GUAGUCAUCAGUACAAAACAGCCUCCCACGGUGGUGGCGUGGCGCCACCAGUUUUUGUUUUGAGCAGUAAUACUACUACUAGUAAAAAGCCCUUGAUUUGGCGCAGAAUCUCGAAUCUAUCCUCCUGACCCUCCAGAGCUUUCGGACAUGUCUCCGAUCCUCACGGCCUAUAAAUAAACAAAAAGAGAAAUAAUCCCAAUCUAUGUAUGGUUUUUACGCGACGAAUCCGUUAUUAAUGCAGUAAGUAAACAAACAAACAAACAAUUAUUCCUUGUUCGACUAUUCUCUUCUCUCGUCCCUCCCUUGUCCCAAAUCUCGAUCCCAGUCCUCUGCGUUUCUUCCCCCUCAAAUUUGCAGGUGAUCAUCAUCAUUAUUAGGAAUAUAUAUAAGUACCCCCGUGAUUUACCUAUAGAAUAGAUUUGAGUGGUUUUUUUUUUUCCUGUUCUUUUGAGAAUUAUGGAACACGAUAGCAAUUUUAUGAAAGUGGUCACCGGCGAUGCUGGUUAUGUGCUCGAAGAUGUUCCUCACUUGACUGAUUACAUUCCUGAUCUCCCUACCUAUCCCAAUCCAUUGCGAUUCAAUCCUGCAUAUUCAGUUGUGAAGCAGUAUUUUGUUCACGUGGAUGAUACUGUACCCCAAAAGAUUGUUGUACACAAGGAUAGUCCAAGAGGAGUACACUUUCGACGUGCUGGACCUCGACAAAAGGUGUAUUUUAAUUCAGAUGAGGUGCAUGCUUGUAUUGUAACAUGCGGGGGUUUAUGCCCUGGGCUGAACACGGUGAUCAGGGAAAUUGUAUGCGGCCUCUAUCACAUGUAUGGCGUCAACAAAAUCCUUGGGAUAGAUGGAGGAUAUAGAGGCUUCUAUUCAAAAAAUACCAUCCCUUUAACACCGAAGGUUGUAAAUGACAUUCAUAAACGUGGUGGUACAAUAAUUGGGACGUCACGUGGAGGGCAUGAUACCUCAAAGAUAGUUGAUAGCAUUCAAGACCGUGGGAUUAACCAGGUCUAUAUUAUUGGUGGGGAUGGAACUCAAAAAGGAGCAGCUGUGAUCUAUGAGGAAGUUAGACGACGUGGCCUCAAAGUUGCAGUUGCUGGAAUCCCCAAGACAAUUGAUAAUGACAUUCCGGUCAUUGACAAGUCAUUUGGUUUUGAUACGGCUGUUGAGGAAGCUCAACGAGCCAUCAACGCUGCUCAUGUUGAAGCUGAAAGUACUGAGAAUGGUGUUGGUGUAGUUAAGCUAAUGGGCCGCUACAGUGGAUUCAUUGCAAUGUAUGCCACACUUGCGAGCCGAGAUGUGGACCUUUGUUUGAUUCCAGAAUCACCCUUCUAUCUUGAAGGAGAGGGUGGACUUUUUGAAUUCGUGGAAAAACGGCUCAAAGAAAAUGGGCACAUGGUUAUUGUGAUAGCUGAAGGAGCGGGACAGGAGCUGCUUGCAGAGAGCUUGCAGUCUGCAGACCAGAAAGAUGCUUCUGGGAACAAGCUACUCAGAGAUGUUGGUUUGUGGAUUUCUCAUAAGAUCAAGGAACAUUUUGCGAAAAAUCAUAAGAUGGAUAUUACACUUAAGUACAUAGAUCCCACAUAUAUGAUCCGGGCUAUUCCAAGCAAUGCAUCAGACAAUGUUUACUGCACACUGCUUGCUCAAAGUGCAGUUCAUGGAGCUAUGGCAGGAUAUACAGGUUUCACUAGUGGGCUUGUUAAUGGCAGACAGACUUAUAUUCCUUUUAAUCGUAUCACUGAGAAACAAAACAUGGUGGUGAUAACAGACAGGAUGUGGGCAAGGCUCCUCUCUUCAACCAAUCAGCCAAGCUUCUUGGGUCCCAAAGAUAUAGCUGAAGCAAAAAAGCAGGAGGAGCCUCCAACAGGCUUGUUGGAUGGGGAGAAUUGUAAAGAUGACCACCAACCAGGUCGUGUAGGAACAAUGUUCAACUCUUCAGCUCUGUUAGGAUGCCUCAACUGCAUGCAGUGACUUUGUAAUUGUAGCAGAUAGAAAUUUGAUAUGAGAGUUCCAAUUUGUGUUUGAAGACACUUAUGUUCAUUUUUUGCACAGAACUUCUGUUGUUCAUAUUUGAGAAGAACAUUUUUUGGUCAAAACUGUGCUGGCAAUGUUAUUUGUUUAUCAAAGCUCUUUUAGUAAUCA